AGCUCAAAACAGAGGAGAAAGAAAACAGAACACAAACCUCACAACUCACAUAGAAAAAACCACCCUCUGAAGAAAACUAAGAUCCAAUGGGGAAGAAAACAUUGAAGCUGCUACCUUCUAUUUUCAGACCCAAGUUUAUACCCUCUUGUGGCCACUCAAAGACCCUCUCCUUCCGAUGUGGGACAACAGGGAAUGAUGAAAUCUUCAAAACAGUUAACUCUGUUUUCUUCGACCCUGUUUCAGAGAGCGUGGUAGAAACUCCAAAAUCAUGGUUCACAACCUCCUCUGAAUCCGCAAGCUUCUCAACAGAAUCAGAGGAUAUCUUCUGCUACAAUAAUGAUGAAUCCCUUGACAUGUUGGUUCGCGGCGCGAGGUCGGAGAGGCUGUUCUUCGAGCCCGGAGACACGAGCUCAAUCCUGGAGAAGGCGAAGGCGAGAGGGUUUCCAUUCAAGGAAAGCGUGGUGUUGGCCAUGGAGUCAGAUGAUCCUUAUGAAGAUUUCAAGAGAUCCAUGGAGGAGAUGGUGGAGUCUCAUGGUGUGAAGGAUUGGGAGAAUUUGGAGGAGCUUUUGAGUUGGUAUUUGAGGGUGAAUGGUAAGAACAAUCAUGGUUUCAUAGUUGGUGCUUUUGUGGAUUUGCUUAUUAGUAUAGCAGCUUCUAACUCUAACUCUUGUUCUGAUAAUUCAACUUCUUAUUCUUCUGCUGUUUCUUCUUUUGCUUCUUCACCAUUAUUGAGUCUAUCUGAAGCCCAGAAUGAGAUUACUGAGCAUGAGGCAGAAGAUGAUACUGUAACAUCUAAUUAGGAUUAAUUAGUAGUGAUUUCAAUAUUUUUGUGUACAUUUGUAGAUUAAGGAGAAAAUUUAGUGAGGCUUAAAUUAAUUAUUAUUCCUGAUCAGCCUAUAGAAGAAAAAGAUUAAUGUUGAUCAUGUUGUGUUGACCUUCUUGAUA